UGGACUGAAGAUUUCAGAAGAUGAGACAGAAAAUGGUUUUGAACAUCCUGAGAAGUGUAUUGAUCAAGUCACAAAUCAGCUUCAUCAUGAUGGUGACUGGACUUAUCCACUCUGCACAAACAACAGACAGUCCUAAACCUGUGGUGAUUAUAAAUCCUGAUACACAGGUGUACAGAGGAGAGAGAGUGACUUUCAGGUGUGACAUACAGACAGGAGGAGACACUGAGUGGACAUACAGCUGGUACAAAAAUAAUAACACACCGCUACGAGACACAACACAGGAGUUAAUCAUCAGCUCAGUUAGAGACUCUGACGUGGGUAAAUACACCUGCAGAGGGACGAGGAGAAGAGACUCUCAGCUCUCACAGAUCAGUGAUGCGGUUACACUCUAUGUAUCAGAAAAACCCAAACCGACUGUGAGAGUGAAUCCUCAGAGCUCCAUCUACACAGGAGACAGAGUUACUCUGAGCUGUGAUCUGCAGUCUACUGGAUGGACUUUUCUCUGGUACAAAGAUUAUCAGACAUCAAAUCCCUUGUCUCCUGGGGCCCAAGACACCAACACACUCAGUGUGACAGUCUCUAAUGAAGUACCAGUAAAGUACUACUGUAAAGCACGCAGAGGAAACUAUGAGUCAGAGUUGAGCAAUCCAGCAACAAUUACAGGAACAGCGAGACCGCAGUCUGUAGUGAAAGUCCAGCCUACUAAGAGUGUGUUCAUUGGGGAAAGCGUCGCUCUCACAUGUGAGAUACAGACUGCUGGAUCCUGGCAGUACCACUGGUAUAGAGAUAAUAAAGAACUCAGUGAUGCUGCAGGAAAGAAAACAUACACAAUCACUAAUGCUAAAGAGUCUAAUAAAGGUGAUUAUACAUGUAAAGGAACAAAGUCAUCAGACCCAAAAUACACACAGACCAGUGCUGCUGUUACACUGACUGUAUCAGAAAAAACUAAACCUGAACUCAGAUCAGACCUUAAAGGAGCUGCACUGACAGGAAACCCAGUCACUCUGACCUGUACACUGAAGCUGCAGUCUGCUGGAUGGAAGUUUUACUGGACUACACCCACACACAGCACUGAGACUGAGACUGCAACACACUCCUACACCAUCAGAUCAGUUAGAGUCUCUGAUGGUGGUCAGUACAAGUGCAGAGCUGGAAAAGAAAAACCAAUCUACUAUACGCACUACAGUGAUGCACUCUGGGUAAAUGUUACUGAGAGUCCUAAAGCUGUGGUGAGCAUAAAGCCUGAUAAUAAUGUGUUCAGAGGAGAGAGAGUGACUCUCAGAUGUCAAAUACAGGGAGGAGGAGACAUUAAAUGGACAUACAGCUGGUAUAAGAAUAAUAACAAAGUCCACCCAGACCGCACAACAGAGGAUUACAACCUCAGCUCAGUUAGUAAUUAUUACAGUGGUACAUACACCUGCAGAGGGACAAGAAGCAGUGACUCUCAGAGCUCAGAGAUCAGUGACGCUCUUACACUCACUGUAUCAGACCCAGCAGAGACAGUAGUGAGUGUGUCUCCACUGAGCUGGCUGACUGAAGGAGACUCAGUGACUCUAAGCUGUGAGGUUAAACACUCCUCUACAGGCUGGACAUUCAGCUGGUACACAGAUGUUCCCUACAGAGACAGUCAGGGUUCCCUCAGGUACAGGACAGCGCUCCUCUCAGACAGCAGCAGAGGAUCUGGAGGCUCCUACACUCUCAGUCCUGUUACUCUGAAUCACACAGGAGUUUAUAUGUGCAGAGCAGAGAGAGGAGAACCAGUCUUUCACACACACUACAGCAAACCACAGCCUCUGUGUGUCACUGCUGAAUCUCCUCCAGUGUCUCUGAUCAUCAGUCCCAGCAGAACUCAACACUUUACUGCUGACUCUCUCUCACUGAGCUGUGAGGACCAGAGAGACUCUACUGGAUGGACAGUGAGAGGAUACACACACAGUGAGACACUGUUCAAUUGUUCAUCAGUUUCAGGAUCUACAUGUAACAUCAGCUCCCUCUCUACAUCACACACUGGAGUUUACUGGUGUCAGUCUGAAUCUGGAGGAUGCACUAAUUCUCUCAACAUUACAGUGCACAAUGGUGAUGUGAUCCUGGAGAGUCCUGUUCAUCAUAUAACUGAAGGAAAUGUUUUGACUUUACGCUGUUUAUUUCGCAACAUAAAGAUCUCAAAAUCUGGUAUUGAUUUUUAUAAAAACAAUUCAGUUUUCCAGAACAACACUCAAGGAGAGAUGACCAUCAGUAGUGUCUCAAAGUCAGAUGAAGGUUUCUACCACUGUACACACCCAGAGAGAGGAGAGUCACCGAAAAGCUGGGUUUCAGUCAGAGUUUCGCCUUCAGGAUCCUCUGGUUUAAUUAUAGGACUGAGUUUGGGCUUUGUGUUUGUCAUCUUAAUGAUCUUACUGAUCCUGCUGCUGUGCUACAAGAGGAAAAAAGCUGAUUCUUUAGCUAGGACAAGCAAUUUCUCCUUUGAGGUUGUUUUGAAAGACCAAAAAUAAAAUGGUUCCUGAAGAAGAUCUAAAGUCUCCAAUCAGGAAUUUAAAAAUUUGCUAAUGUACUGUACAUGGAAAUACAUACAUUAUGGAGCACUUUAGAAUUUCUGGAUUUACUUUUCCCCUUAAAUUACAUUUAGGAAUUGUAAGAAGUGGGCAAGGUACUCACAUCCUAUACUUGAGAUCGUUUUAAUGCAAUGCCCUGCAGAAAUUAAGUUAAACAUAUAAAUAUUUGUUGUAGGAUGUAGUGGAGCAAAAGUAAAAAAGUAUCCACUAAUUAAAUUUAUCAGGUUCAGAGUACAGACAAAUAAAAUAUGCACUUAACCACAGUAAUUAAGAAAUGUACUUAAUUGUUUUCACCUGUGUGCAUUGUACAAACUCCUGAUAGAAAUGAAUAUAAACUGUUUCACAGCAUAAUCAAUCUUUUUCUUGAAAAAUUUUAAAAUUAGAUUUCAUUGACUGUUUUUUUCUUUAGCAUUAUCCAAUGGAAUGUUACAGUACAUUGUUCAGUGUAAUGUUUAUAAGGAGAUUAGUAAUAAUCAUAUAUUUUGUCUUAAUUGCUUUAAAGAGUCAGUAAUGCAGUAUUGUCCUUAUUAUUGCAGCUCACAGACUGAGAAAGUACACUGAAUAAAACUGUUUAUCACCCCUAUAUAUUUUAAUACAAUAAAACAGACCAAAAUAUAAUUAAAAGUAAUACAUACAUUUUUAGAAUUUUACAUAUUAUUUGCUCUGAAUUAUUUCCUUUUAUAUCCUAUGUUAAAUAUUUAGGGGGAAAAAAUAAAUUUAAGGAUGUAUACAUGCUGUGUGAAAAACCUUGAAUAAUAAUAAAUACAAUUAGUACAAUAUUGUGAUAUUUUUAUGACUGUGUUUUAUGAUUUUAUUUUGUAUAUACUGUAUUCAUGUAUUACUUUCCAAACUAUGUAUUUAGUAUUCACCAGGAUGGACUAUUAAAUAUAUACUGCCAAAAAAAAAAAUGUCAAAUAUGUCCAAAAUGCAUAUUCUUUUUAAUUGUAUGUCAUAAUUUUUUUAUUGUUCAAUAUAUUUAUGCAUUAAUUGUCUUUGA